AAAGUUGGGUAGGGAAAGAGAGAGCUUUGUGUUUGUGUGGGGAGCAUGAAAGGCCACGCUUCCACACUAAAUAUUCUACACACUUCUGCAUAGUUUACUCCUCAAUCUACCACUGUCUCUUAUCUUCCCCAUCACCUCUUCUUCCCAUUCCCAACUACUGUACAAAACAAAACAAAGACUGAGACAAGAAGAAGAAAAGAGUCACCAAAAUAAAAUUACAAAAAUGGCCCUCCAGGCCACACAGUCCCUGCCAACAGCUUCUCCUCUUCUAUCAUCUCCCACCACCGGCCUCAGACGGCCAUCAGAUCGUUUCGCUCUGAAAUCAGCGUUUUUUUCUCCAUCUGUUAACUUAUUGUUUCCCCAGCAGGCUCCUGUCUCUGCUGCUGCUGCACCAAAGUUCUCUAUGCGUGUGGCUUCAAAGCAGGCCUAUAUUUGCCGGGACUGCGGGUAUAUUUACAAUGACAGAACUCCAUUUGAGAAAGUACCUGAUAGCUACUUCUGUCCUGUUUGUGGUGCUCCGAAACGAAGAUUUAGGGCAUAUGCACCUGAUGUAUCCAAAAAUGCCAAUGCCACGGAUGUCCGAAAAGCCCGCAAGGCAGAGCUCCAGAGAGAUGAAGCUAUUGGGAAAGCAUUGCCUAUUGCAAUUGUGAUUGGGGUUGCUGCACUGGCU